AUGAAUCAACGAGCAACUGCUGCAGUUCGAACACCAGCCGGAUGUACAAUACCGUUUGAAGUGGUAACUGGAGUAAGACAAGGGGCAGUGGCAGGACCUUUCCUGUUCAAUUUCGCAAUCGACGACAUUAUGCGAAGAACAGUAGAUCAGUGUCCUGCCAACAUUGUCUUAGCACCAUCAGAGUGCCCAUUGACUGACCUCGAGUACGCCGACGAUGUUGUUAUAUUCGCGGAAAGCAGUACGAAACUUCAGCAUGUUGUCAACCUUGUAUCGAAGCUGGCUGCACCCUAUGGACUACGCCCACGCCCUGAUAAAUGCAAGCAGAUGUGGAUCUCUUCGAGACCACGAACGGGAAUCAGGGUGGACGGACAACCGAUAGAACUCGUCGAUGAGUUCUGUUACCUAGGCUGUACGCUGAAGAACAAUGGCAGCUACGAGAGAGAUGUUCAGCAAAGAUGCGCUAAGGCCACUUCUGCAUUUAACUCCUUAACGAAAUGCCUGUGGUCGACCCAACAUCACCAACGAAGUCAAGCUGCGAGUCUACCUAUCCGCAAUUCGCCCCAUCAUGAUGUACGGAUCGGAGACUUGGGCAGCGCCAUCAAGGGUUAUGGAGAGGCUUGA